AUGGCCUUGCACAAUUUUCGAAGUGCUGUGCGCAGAGUACUUUCGUCGGUCCCAGCACGCUGCAGUUUCACACAGCGUGCUUUCAAUAUGCCCCUGAGAAGCGAAGCAUGUUCGGGUUUUUCGCGACCAAUCACAACGACAACACUGUCUGCGGGUCUUCAUCAUACAUGUGCAAUCAAGACAGAUGGGCAGCUGGUUUGUUUCGGAGGAAACUCCAGUGGCCAGUGCACCGUCCCAUCCGAUUUGGGCCCUGUGUUGGCCGUCUCGGCAGGCUGCUGUCACACGUGUGCAGUUCAAGCAAAUGGGAGGCUUGUUUGCUUCGGAAGGAACUCAGAAGGCCAGUGCAAUGUGCCCCAGAGCAUGGGUCCUGUCGCAGCAGUGUCUGCGGGUUGCUAUCACACCUGCGUUGUGGGGACGAAUGGUCAGCUGGUCUGUUUCGGAGAGAAUCAUGAUGGAGAGUGCGAGGUGCCAACAGGCUUAGGCCCAGUUCAUGCGAUGUCGGCAGGGAUGUGCAGGACUUGUGUCACUGGAGCCGACGGUCGUCUCAAAUACUUUGGUGAAACCCCCCGUGGCCAGAGCCACGUCCCGGCUGACUUAGGUCCGAUAAGAGAUGUCUCCAUGGGUGCCGGUCAUACCUGCGCUGUGACUGCAGACGGAAGCCUGGUCUGCUUCGGUUUAAAUAAUUAUGGCCAGUGCGCCACCCCCAAAGACUUGGGUAUGGCCGUGGCAACUUCUGUCGGCAAGUACCACUCCUGUGUUCUCAGUGCUGACGGAAGACUGGUUUGCUUCGGAGAUAACUUCGAAGGCCAAUGCGAAGUUCCCUCAGACCUGGAUUCGUUUCUUGCCAUGUCUACAGGGCUUCGCCACACCUGUGCUGUCGCUAUGGAUGGUCAGCUCGUUUGCUUCGGAGAGAAUUACCAGGGCCAGUGCAACGUGCCAUCGGGCUUGGGCCCAGUCCUGACAAUGUAG